UUUAUCACAUUAUAUGAUGGCAUGACAAUAAUGAAUCAGUCUUCUAUAUUAGAAACUGGAUUUUUCAGGAUCGGUAACGUUGAGUGGGAUGUUUUCCAUUUUCAGGUAGACACCACACAUACUGCCUAGACUGUCACUGAUGCCAGAGGAGGAAAUGAACAUAAUGCGCAAGCUGCGCGGGGCUGGUGGCACCAACACCACCGCAGCGCAGGAUGAGGCAAACUCAAACCCACAGCACACUGCGCUAGGACUGAUGCACCUUAAAAAGCUGUUCUCCGAAUAUACACAUCCUUCUCACCCCCUCACCGACAAGGAGCGGGACGACAAGCUCUAUAACAUGUUGCCUCUCUUCUGUAAGGUGUUCAGUAACAGCCCCUGUACAGACAUGAGUGAGAAGUUCCGUGACAUGUCAGCAUUCUGUCACCAAGUGUCGCGGCUGAUGGUGAGUGAGAUACGGCGGCGUGCCAGCAAUCAGUCGACUGAGGCGGCUAGCUGCGCUAUUGCACACUUCCUGGAGAUAGAGGGCAGUGAGGAGGUCAGCAAUGGUUGGAUGCUGCUGUCCACUCUGAACUUGCUAGCAGCGGCUGCCGACCCGUCACUCAUACAAAUGAUGACUUCAGUUUCGUUACCUUCAACUCUAGUCAAAUGUCUUUACCUGUUCUUUGAUCUACCAGAGAUGACAGACCCAGAUAACUCUCAAACAGAUUGUGAAUUCACACCUCGAGAGAGAAGAAUCCUUCUGCAGAAGAUAUUUGUACAGGUACUAGUGAGGCUGUGCAGCCAUGCUUCCCCAGCAGAGGAGCUUUCACGCAAGGACGACUUGACACUGCUGUUCUCUGCCAUCACCAGCUGGUGUCCGCAGUACAAUGUGUUGUGGCGCAAGUCCGCAUCUGAAGUGCUCAUGACGAUAUCCCGACACGGCCUAACGCAACCUGUGGUCAAUUAUAUACACAGUAAGGGAUGUGUGGCGCUGUGUAUAGACAACAUGCAGAGGGGUCAGGACUUGUCACCCCUGGAGAUUGUGGAGAUGUUCGUUGCUGUCUUCUGUUUUCUCAAGGACUCCAGUGAAGUGUCUCAGACUCUCCUAGAAGAUUUCCGUACCUGCCAGGGCUACAUGUUUCUGUCUGAUUUUCUACUUAAGCUGGAACAGGAUAAGUCUGCCGAGGCAGGGGAGGCAAUCCGCAACCUGGUGUUGAUGGUGGCAAGCCUGUGUAUGUGUGGCUACACGGAACUGCGACCUAGCCCCGCCAGCAUGGGCUCUCUCUUCCAGAUGAUGGGCUUUACUUUGCCGCAGCCCCAGGGUAGAGGUGCGAGUGUACGGAACAUACAAGCGUUCCUGGUACUGCAGACGGUGUUCAUCAAGUCCACUGUCCCAACCCUCUGCUGUACCAUCCUGGACGCCAUCUCCAGUGUCUAUCACUCGGACAACGCCAACUAUUUCAUCUUGGAGAGUCAGCACACGCUGCCACAGUUUGCGGAGAAGAUACAUCUUAAGACACUGGAAAUACAGGAGAAGUUCUUCCAGCUACUAGAGUUUAUAGUGUUCCAACUGAACUUUGUUCCAUGCAAGGAGCUGAUCUCUUUGUCUAUACUGCUGAAGAGCCAACACUCUGUCAGCUGCAGCAUUAUCUGCAUGCAGACACUACUCAACAUUGUCAAGCACAAUUCUAUCUUCAAAGAUGUGUAUAGAGAAGUUGGUAUUCUAGAAGUGUUUGUGACCUGCCUCCAACGUUACGCUAACAUCCUCAAGCUUAAAGAACAGGCUGCAGAAAAUGGAAAUGAAUACAUAAUACGCAGUGAUGAUGAGCAAUUGGCAACCUUGGUGAUGAACUGUCUACUGGUCCUGCGGGGUAACACCAAUAACGCUACAGUGUUCCGAGAAUGUGGGGGUUCCAAAUGUGUCCAUGGGUUGGUUCAAUACUUGGACAGUCGACACCAGGCAUUAGGUAUAAUACGAGAACUGAUUUUGACUUCAGGGGGGGAAGAUGAUAUGGGAACCCUUCUGGGAAUGAUGCACUCAGCUCCUCCAUCAUCACUUACUCUGAAGUCACACAUACUCAAGUCCCUGUUGAUGUGCCUGAGGGAGAGUCACCGUACACGCACAGUGUUUCGCAAGGUCGGAGGGUUUGUCUAUGUGAUGAGCGUACUGGUGUCCAUGGAAGGCUGUUUACGUGCUGACCCUUGUCCCCCCUGGGACCAGGUUCCCCUCUCACAAACGCUCAGCCUGCUACAUAUGGUGUUCAACACCAUCACAGUGGCCAUGAGGUUCGAACCCGCCAACGCCAAGUUCUUUCAUCUGGAGAUCUGCAUGACCAGUCUGUGUGACACUCUGCGACUACUGGGCUGUUUCUCACUGCGGACUGUCAUCGAUGACAGUGAGGAGGCUUGUGUAUCAUCAAAGGAGGAGGAACUGUUCCACAGCCUCUUCACAGGCAACAUCUUGGAACCAAUAAUACCCGAGAAUGUGCCGCUACAGCUGGUGUAUGCAUGCAUUGUUUUACGAAUGCUGUACAACAUAGCGUUGGAUACAUACGACAAGCCGAAUCAGAAUGUUGUGUCGUUUAAGUCACCCUCCCAUAAACGACAAAAUAUUGAGAGUCAGCGUUCUCUAGAGUCUCCAUCAUCUGGCCGUCGGAUAAAUUCUCUGAACCUGACACCGCCAGCACCUGACCCUGUGGUGGUUCACUCCGGAGUCGUCAUAGCCAUGCUCCAACUCAUACCUUCCAUACAGGACUUGGAGGAGACACAGCAAUCGCUGACUCUGCAAGUGUACAUGACUGAGGUGGUUAAAUCUCUUGUGCGCAGUGAACGCAACCAACAGGUGAUGUGCGACUCAGGACAACCAUCUCAUUUGCUGUCUGUGGGUCACAAAGCCCUGGAGCAGGAAACUCACCCCCUCCACUCCUCCCUCCAGUACAUGUUCGAACGACUGGCCACACAAAACCUGGAACCCAAGGACCUCAGAGAGUUCCUCCGGCUGGGCUCACCGCUGUGUUGUCUGCCGAUGGACACACUGUUCCACUCUGGUAGCCGCAGUGUAGGUGGACCAGUGCCACUCACCCGUAUUAAGACUCUGGUCUCCAUGACAACUCCUCGAUCUCACGGCAACUCCCCUCUCCCACCGUUUGUAGAGAUGGACAUGGUGGCUGAGGGGUUCGGCUGUCUCUACCUACCCAGUGUUGCACCACAGAGCCCCACAGGACCUUCUGUAGUCAAUGUAGCCACACUCACAGCUCCAGACAGUAACGUGGUCGGUGGCAUCGGCUCUGGGGACCGUAUAUUUCCACCUCAAACGGGGCUGAGCUACUCAACAUGGGUCUGUGUAGAACGGUUUAGUGACCCUCGUUCCGACCCCCAUUGUGUGCGGCUGUUGACUUUAGUACGUAACCUCCACUCAGCACGAGACGACCACCUUAUCUGCCUGGCGAUGGUGCUGUCUGCGCGAGACAAGGCCAUCAUCAUCACCACCCAGGAGACACCACUCAAUCACACGAGUGCAGACUGGGAACCUGAAGGCCAUGGGGACUCCUGUGCCAGAGUGUGGUGCCCUGACCUGCUACAGGAGGGUCAAUGGCAUCAUAUAGUCCUGGUCCUCAACAGAGCUGUGCUCAAGAACUCCUCCUUUUCUAUCUAUGUUGACUCUCAACUCAUCACAACCCAAAAGCUGCACUAUAUCUCGCAGAACCCUGGUGGGGGUGCUGCCAACCUGACAGUGGCGUCAUCAGUAUAUGGUUAUAUUGGUACACCGCCACAGUGGCGCCGCUACUCCAGACUCAGCUGGAAGCAAGGUCCCUGCCACCUGCUGGAGGAAGUGCUGAGUCCUCACAUUGUCAAUGCCAUCUAUCAGCGCGGGCCACAUUACCUUGGCAGUCUGCAAGCCACGCAGGUUAACGGCCUCCCAGCCCUGGUGGCAGAAGAGAAGGUGGUGUUUGGUCUGAACGCAAAGGCUGUAACCCACCUCACGCUAGCCAAGAUCCGCAAGGUCUACAGCCGAGUUGACAAUAAAUCUAUUGCAAAACAAUUGGGCAUGUCAAGCCAUGAGAACGCCACACCUAUCCGUGUGCUCCACAACUCCGCCGGACACCUGAGUGGGCCGGCUCGCAGUCUGGGAGGAGUGGUGGUCGGCUACCUAGGAGUGCGGGUCUUCACUCCUCGACCUGUUACCAAGAUGAUAGAAAACGUGGGAGGUUGUUCUGUCCUACUGGGGCUAAUCGCUAUGGCGCAGGAUGUGGAGAGUCUAUACGCCGGUGUGAAGGCAUUAGUCUGUGUAGUUCGAGGCAAUCGCAGUGUACAGCAGGAAAUGGACCGUCGUCGUGGCUACCAGACUCUGGCUAUGCUCUUGCGAAAGAAACGGUCUCUCCUCAACUCCCACAUCUUGCACCUGGCCUUCAGUCUGGUCGGCACAGUGGACUCGGGCCGUGAGAGUUCCUCCAUCCCUCAUCCUGUUAGUUUCCAGGACCUACUGUGUGACCUGGAGGUGUGGCCAGCAGAGCUGCAACGCUCUCUGCUGGAACAUUUGUACGAGCUGGUGACAGAGUCCAGUGAGAAGAGGCACAACCUAAACACCAUGCGUGACAUGCAGCUGGUACAGAGACUGCUGAGGGUACUGCCCGAUGUUAUCAGUCCGCCGACCAGACAGGUCCUGCUGGCUCUGCUGGGAGCUGUGCUGGCAGGGCAACCACUGCCUCAAGACCUGCUUGCAUUUGGUCAAUUCAUGACGGCUACACUGCCUAGCAGUGCAGUGAGUGAGCGAGACAUUGUACUACAGGAAUGCUCACCACGCAGUCGCCAGCCAUCUGUGGAUAUGACAGAGGUGGAAGCACCCCCAGACACCGCCAACUGGAUACUGCUGCGUAACCGCUGCCUCCAACUUCUCCAUGGCCUUCUUUUCACACCAAGGAAUACUGUCAACAAUACAUUCUGCGAGGAGGUGGUGAAUGUGCUGGGUAUGGACUGGCCACUGUUGUACAUGCAAGGUCACCUGCAUCCAUCUACUGUAGUGUGGGGACUGCGGGUACUAGUGGUGCUGGGUUCCAUCCCUGCUCUACUGGCCAAGUUCAGGGAGGGUACAAGUAAUGGUGGUUGGCUACAAGACACAGAGCUAGUCCUACAUAACAAAAUGGGUGUGGUUUUAGGUUAUCAACUGGGUACAGCAGUGCCCAAGUCCCGAGAUGUACAUAGCGAUGCUCUCACUGUCCCAGGCUUCCAGCAUCUCGCCCAUUUGCUAACCCAACACAUAGACAUCGCUCAGGUUUACUUCCUGCUCAUGGCCCUCAUGAUGGGACAGCCAGUCAAGCUCCUGCCUGCAGACCCCAAGUUAGACCUGGAUAAUGUGUGGAGUUUCAUGUUUGGUAUCCCGGCGAGUCAGUCAGUAACAGCUCUCAGUGGACGAGUGACCCUGUGUCCUCAGGCUGUCACUGUGCUGCUUGCCAUGGUCCACACCAUGCUCAACCAGGACUAUAAAGGUUCGGAGACGCUGCCGGAGUGGCUGCGGGACUAUCCAGUGACUAUUAUCCAGUUCCUGUUCUUCCUGUACCACAACAUGGCAGAGCUGAUGCCGGUGCUGAUGAGUGCUGAAGUUCUGAGUGCUCUGGCACAGACUCUGUUCCCCCCACCACGCAGCCAGGUCUCUACCCCUGCCGAGGAGACAUUCUCCCUGGAUGGAGCAAUGGUACGUUCACCUUCCAGAGACAGCAUCCUCAGCAACCAUCCAGCCCGCAAGUUUGUCAUGGAUUUUUUGAGGGUAAUCGUGGUGGACUCUCUGUCUCUUCCAGUUAAUGCCAAAAUUACCCCUGCUGUAGACUUGGUGUUGGAGGCUGCCCCUGAGGGAUCUACAGUGAGUCAGCAGGCAAGGUUUCAGACCGAGGUGUUGUCUACACUGAUGGAACACUUGCUGGCUGCUGAUGUGCUGAUAGGUGAACAAGCAGCAUUGCCUGUGGUGGCUGGUGGCAAUGCUGCCAACAUCACACCUAAUGUCUGCUACCUCACGGCCAGGAUCGUGGACAAGUUAUGGCAAGGUAUGCUGUUGAAGGACCCACACGAGGUGUUUGACUUCAUUCUGAAGCUGAUAGCUCAAGCCAAGCGACGGCCAGGAUCAGUACCGCUGGAAGGCCUGUAUCACUGCCUCAACCGCACCAUCUUGUUCCUACUGUCUCGUGGCACAGACUCCAUUGCUGACCAGAUGCCAGUGCUGGAGACCCUGCACAAACUUACCAACCACAGGGGGUUAGUUUUUGGAGCUGGAAAUCAUGAGUUAGACUUCAUAGGGUGCCUCACUUACUGUCUUCUCCAAUUGACUUGUGACCAAAGAAUCAUGCUAGACUCUAAUGCAAAGACAACUUGGCAUGUCAACCCAAAUGAAGAAACCGAAGAAUUGACGGCCAAACAAGGACACAACUUGAUGGCAGUUGCAGCUAAACGAGUCUGGGAUGAGCUUUAUGUCUCUAAAAAGCCUGCCAUUGAGGAGGUGUUCAAGAUGACGAUGCAGAACAGCAAGGCACCCGAGCUGGCAGUGGUCAGGGAACACAUACAAGAGGCAGCGACCAAACUGUGGCUCAACUAUGUGGACUCUGAGCGCAAGGCUAGCUACCGCAAUCCCUGGGAGCUACACAACCAGAUACAAUCGAAAAUCCAGAAAGUGACAGGUGGCCUGACAAGGCUAGCAAGUCGUACGAAGGUGAAGAAGGAUGAGACUAUCAAGGUCCGGCCACAGCUGUCGGAUGCAGAGAUCGAGGCCUGCACAUUAACCCAUGUAGCACUUGUCAAGGAGCUAGUGGAGCUGCAGAAUAAGACGUACAGCCAGAGCCAACAGCACAUGCAGAGAUAUGUACUUGAGGAGUGGCUGCAAACAGAAACAGAGUUAACACGAGAAAGAGGACUCUGGGGACCUUACGAACCUAGCAGGCUUGACAAGUGGAUGCUAGACAUGACAGAAGGACCUUGCAGGAUGAGGAAGAAAAUGAUGAAGAAUGAGCUGUUCUACUUGCACUAUCCUUACAGACCUGAGCUGGACUCUGGUGAUAAUAAGUCAAUAAAGUACAAGGUAGCCAGCAGUUGGGACAGUAAGGAGUAUUACCACAAGUAUAGGCCCACCAGUCUGCUAGACAGAGAAUACCUGCCAGAGCCCACUCCUGACUCUACCACCUCGGACAUUGUCAUAGACCACGAAGACAGGACUGACAGCAUAGUGUCAUCAGGAAUACAGGACAUGAGCUCAGCUCUGCGUAGGGCUGUCAAACGUUCCAUAUCGGAGCCAGAGGAUGGUAUUGAUGAGACUGAGGGAGAGAGUGGAGUUAAUGAAGAGGACUCUGCACCAGACAACCAGUCCAUCCUGCGACAGCUGGAAGAGAAUGAGAAGAUCAGCCACAUGUUCAGGUGUGCCCGAAUACAAGGACUGGACACUGUAGAGGGGCUAUUAUUGUUUGGCAAGGAGCACCUCUAUGUUAUUGAUGGCUUUACACUCCUCAAAACCCGGGAGAUCCGAGACAUUGAGUCUCUCCCACCUGAUUGCCAUGAACCGAUCCUGCCAGCCUCCGGAGCACCUCGCCAGACCAACACCAAGAAACACUGUUCCAAGUUUGCCUAUGAUGACAUCAGGGAGGUGCACAAGAGGAGGUAUUUGCUGCAGCCAAUGGCAUUGGAAGUGUUCUCAGGGGAUGGUAGGAACUAUUUAUUGGCUUUCCCUCGCAAGGUUCGCAACAAAGUUUACCAAAGGUUCAUGGCGUUUGCCACUGGUAUAGCUGACAGUGCCCAGCAAUCAGUGGCAGGCCAGAAGAGGACUGCUAAUGUAGAGCAAGGGGCAGGUCUACUGUCCAACCUGAUCGGAGAGACCUCUGUCACUCAGCGCUGGGUGAGAGGAGAGAUCUCCAAUUUCCAGUACCUGAUGCAUCUGAACACUCUGGCUGGCCGGAGUUAUAAUGACUUGAUGCAGUAUCCAGUGUUCCCAUGGAUCUUGGCAGAUUACGACUCAGAUCAGCUGGACCUUUCGCAUCCCUCCACUUUCCGUGACUUCUCCAAGCCUAUGGGUGCCCAGAGUCCAGAGCGGCUUGACCAGUUCAAAAAAAGGUACAAGGAGUGGGAUGAUCCACACGGAGAAACUCCGCCCUACCACUAUGGCACGCACUACUCGUCAGCAAUGAUUGUGUGCUCGUAUCUGGUCAGGAUGGAGCCUUUUACCCAACAUUUCCUCCGACUACAGGGAGGACACUUUGACUUGGCUGACAGGAUGUUCAACAGUGUGCGGGAGGCUUGGCUCUCUGCCUCCAGACACAAUAUGGCUGACGUCAAGGAGCUGAUACCUGAGUUCUUCUACCUGCCAGAGUUCCUGUGUAACUCCAACAACUUUGACUUGGGAUGCAAGCAAAAUGGUGUGCAGUUAGGUGAUGUAGUUCUGCCACCCUGGGCCAAGGAGGACCCAAGGGAGUUCAUCCGCGUACACAGACAGGCACUGGAGUGCGACUAUGUGAGCCAACACCUCCAUGAAUGGAUAGACCUCAUCUUUGGCCACAAACAACAAGGUCCUGCUGCCGUCGACAGUGUCAACCUCUUCCAUCACCUCUUCUAUGAGGGCAAUGUGGACAUUUACAGUAUCGACGAUCCUCUCAAGAAGAAUGCCACAAUCGGCUUCAUAAACAACUUUGGCCAGAUACCAAAACAGCUGUUCAAGAAGCCGCACCCUGCCAAAAAGCUGAAUCAUCGUUCCUCAGUGCUAGAUCCAGGACCUCUUAAUACCCCUCUCAUGUCAGAGAGACUGUUCUACCACAAUCUGGACAACCUGAAGCCUUCCCUUCAACCAAUUAAAGAACUAAAAGGUCCUGUGGGUCAAAUCCUACAGUUUGAGAAGACAGUGCAGGCAGUAGAGCAGAAUAAGGUGUUGGUGCCACCUACAUGGUCACGUUACGUGGCGUGGGGUUUUGCUGACCACAGUCUGCGGAUCGGCAGCUAUGAUAGUGACAAGGCAGCCAUGGUGUGUGAGGAGGUGAUGCAAGGCAGUGGUGAAGUGGUUGCCUGUGUCUGUCCUAGCAGCAAGAUCAUUGUCACUGCAGGCACUAGUUCGGUGGUAACAAUGUGGGAGUAUACACACAAACAGUUGAUAGUACUGCAGUGUCUGUAUGGCCACAACGAUGCAGUGACAUGUCUUGCCUGCAGCCCUGCCUAUAAUGUAAUCGUGUCUGGGUCCCGUGAUGCCACCGCCAUUGUCUGGGAUCUCUCUCGUCGCAUAUUUGUGAGGCAGCUUCGGGACCAUGCUGCCCCAAUUGCUGCUGUCGCUGUCAACGAUCUCACGGGAGACAUAGCGACAUGUGCUGGGACUUGGCUGCACCUGUGGAGCAUCAACGGAGAGGAGCUGGCUUGUGUUAACACGUGUGUAGGCCGGGCUGACCGUAUGCAACAGAUCCUGUGUGUGGCAUUCUCACAGUGUCGGGAAUGGGACAGCCAGAAUGUUGUCAUGACUGGCUCUACAGACGGAGUUGUCAGGAUGUGGUCAGUGGAGUAUGUACAAGUACCAAAGGAGGAAGGUAGCUCGCCGGCUGAUGCUGUGGAGGAAGAGAAGCAGAAGGAAGAGAUUCCUCAGGAGUCGGAUGGCCCCAAGCACAGGGUCCACCAGCAGAUGGUCAAGCAGAUGAGCAUAUCUGCCGAGUUCACCACGACUGAUGAAGGAAAACUAAUUGCCAAGAGUGGUUCAGAGAGCAGUCUAUCAGAAGAUGGCAAUGAGAACAAGAAGGAAAAGAAAAGAAAAAAUAAGAAAGAGCCAGAUGUGCAGUCUGAGGAGAAAGAGAUGUGUAGUGAUGAAGAGAGGGAACCGAGGCCAGCACCCGUGGUGAGGAGACGCAGGUCUUCUACACGCGGCAAUCCUCAGUUCCGCAAGUCAGAGUGUGCUCCAAGCCGACCACUCGGGCUGGUAGAAGGGGAUAGUGUAGAUGAUCCGAGUGGGCUGAGACCUAGCAAGUCCGACACCAGUCUGACUGACAGCUUUGUGGUGGUGACAGCUGACGGGGAGGCCAGGGAGGAGGAGCCAGCCCCUACCCCUCCCCUGCGACGUAACCGCAUCAACAAUCAUCAUAUCCUCAGACAAGGAUUCGUGUGGCAGCGGCAGUUGGUGUUUCGCAGUAAAUUGACGAUGCACACAGCCUAUGAUCGCAAGGACAAUACAGAACCUGCCUCCAUCACUGCCUUAGCAGUCUCCAGAGACCACCGCACUGUGUAUGUGGGUGACACCAGAGGACGAGUGUUCUCGUGGAGUGUAUCAGACCAGCCUGGUCGGGGCGUGGCUGACCACUGGCUCAAGGACGAGGGGGCGGACUGCUGUGCCUCGUGUGGAGUUCGCUUCUCUAUCUACGAGCGACGACACCACUGCCGCAACUGUGGCCAGGUCUUCUGCUCCAAGUGCAGCAGAUUCGAAUCAGAGAUAUCACGGCUGAGGAUACUGAAGCCCGUGAGAGUGUGUCAGGGCUGCCACGCAUCUCUACGCUCUCAGCACAAGGACUCAUAGACCUACCUGAUUCCCAUUUUGUAAACUGGUCAAGUGAAGCCCAGAGUGUUGUUGUGAAGCUUAGCUGCAGUUUUAGUUAGUUGUCAGCUUUGUCUGUGUACUUAGAAUCGACAAUAAGGUUAUGUUGUUGAGCCAUGGCCACUUAUCAAAGGAGUUCUAGCUAUAGUGUUGUAUGACAAUAUCAACCAUUUAUUUUAAAGAAAAUUUGUUUUUCUGGUUAAAAAAACCAUCCUUCUGAGUACUUCUGGUGAAAAGUAUUGAAGCCAAUACAAACAUUUUUCUAAUAUAAAAUCAUUCGAGAGUUGUAGCUAGAGAGAUUGGUUACAUCUUCAAAGAUCUGUGUAAAACCAACAAUAUUUUAUAUUUUAGUGAUUCAUAGUACAGACCCUAGCAUUAAUUGUCUUACACUAAAUAGACCUUCCCGAAGGCUAAAUUGUUGGUAUAAAAAGAUCAGCAGUUUAAAUAUUAUCUGUGUACACAUUGUCCAUGUAAGACUUUCAUAGAUUUUUUUUACUCUCCAAGAAUACGCCUUUUUUGAGUAUCUUUUUAACUCGUACAAAUUAAGCAUGAAAAAAAACUUAAUCACCAGUUUCUCAUACAUUAGUGUGUGUAGCUAUAAAUUUGAAGUGAAUUAUUAAAUUUUUACAACAGCAUAGUUAUACCAUUAAAACUGAUAAAUAUCUAGUUGAUAAGUGGACCUGGCUUGUUUAUACAUUAUAUUGCAUAGUGCUUUGAAAUGAUUCAUUAUAAAUUGAAUUGUUACCAAUUGUAUUGAUGAUUCCUAUAAGUGCUGGUGUAGUAAGUUGUGCAAUUUUAUGUUAUGAUUAGGAGCGUGUUAAAUGUUAUAAUAUACAUAUUUUAAUUUA